AUGCCUGCGCCGCUUGCCAAAGGCAUUAUCGUGACGGUCUCCGUGCUGGUCGCUGCUGGUGUUGCGGUCUAUCAGUCCCCCCAGUUUCAGCAGUGGGUGACCACAUCUCGACGCAAGAUCGCCUUGGCCCUGCACAACUUAGGAGAUGAGAUCCAACCGCGCGACUCGGCGUCCCCUAUCAGAGAAGACAUAUCUAUGACGGAGGAUGUUGGGGAAGCAGCGGAAGAACGCAGAAGGAUUGCCAAAGCAGAGAUUAGGCGGCGAGCAGUCCUCUUGGAAUCGCGCCACAAUAAGAGACAAUCACAGCAAUUGUUAGGCAGUUUUGACACUCUCGUAGAUCAGGAUGGGCAUUUGCGUCCGUCUCAGGGUGAUCUAGAGCAUGCUUCUGACGUACCAGCCGCAAAUUCCACAGGAGUGGACACUGGUGUUUCUCAUCUCCUCCGCCGAGGAGGCGCUUCAAACGACAACGAGACCCCUUCUGCCAGUCGAGAUCAGCUACGAGUGGAAAUUUCUUCCGACACAAUGUCCCACCACCCCUCAGAAUCAAUAUUACAAUAUACCCCAACAUCUGAGGUACCAGAUGAAUUGAUUUUUGACCCAUUUGCUGACUCGCCAGCAAGGGCACAGACCCCUGUGUCUAUUUCAAUCUCCAGUCACACGGAAGAAAACGACCAGGUCUAUUAUGCCGCUCCUAACUCAAGCAUCGAUCAUCAACAAGAUCUGCUUGCAGAUCUAGAAGAUCUUCGUCAAAAUAAUAAUUUCCAGCAUCCAGUUUCGUCUGCACCAUCUACUGCCGGAAGUUACGGGCAUAUUGAAAGAUUCUCGGAUGAGUCUUCCGAUGGCACGUUGAGUGAUCUAGGAGAUCGAUCAGUAGGUAUAGCUACACCUGCCAGCUGGUCGGAUGUGGGAAGCGUAGUGAGCAACGAUGAUGCCGGACAUCACCAGUUGAUCUGA